AUGGAUAUCGAUGUGGCGGCCUUUAGCUCAUCUAUUUUGGCCAGUCUGCUGGAAGUGGACAUUACCGAGGGCGCCGGUGAGGUCAAGACCAAUCAACCUACCUCACCUGGCGGCACUUUGCAGAAGAAGCAACCUCGAAAGAAGACGACGAACAAACCAAAUCCUGCACUGCUACAGCUGGAGCGACAGCGCAUGGAGGAGAUGAAGAGCAACGAUUCCAAGCUCAAAAUGAAGCCAAUUGUUAAGCUGAUACGUGCUGAGGAAGAGUUUGAGGUGGCGCGCAAAUGGAUGGACGAACAUGGUCAGAAUCUCAGCAAGGAGCAGGAAGAGAAUAAUGAAAAUGCAGCUGAUGUAGAAGAAAGUGAAGAAACCCUAAAAAAUCAAAAUGUAGAAAUAGCUGAGGCUAUGGAAAAAGAUACAGAAGCUGUGCCCAAUGAAGAAUCCAAAAAAGAAACCAUGGAAAAUAAUGAAAAACCGAAUGAUAAAGUUGAUGCAGACGAUAAGAAAAGUGAAAGUGAAAUUGAAAAAGAGCUUGACAAGGACAAGAAAGAUAAAGAGAAGAAAGACGAUGCUGCAGCUUCCGAAUCAGAACAGGAUAGAAAAACAGAAAACAAUGCCAACAAAGAAAAGCAGGAUGAUGCAGUUGCAGUUGCUGUGACUAAAAAGGGAGAUGAAAGUGAAAAGGGAGACGAUGCAGCAGCUGCCGAAACUGAGCUCUCUACAGAGGAAGCUGCUGACAAGACUGAAGCUCAAACAAACGAUGACAAUACAGACGCAAAAGCUGCAGACAAAGAGAAAAAUGAUGCUGAUGCAACUGCAGUCACAAAGAGCACCUCACAGACAGAUGCAACGGUUGCAGCAGAGCAGGAAGCUGCAGAAACUCCUAAAAGCAACAGUCCAGCUAAGGAAAGCAACAAGGAGGAUGAUGAGGAUCAGCUGGAUCCACCAUUAGGGCUGCAAUAUGAUUGCAGCUCUAGUUUAGACUAA